UUUGGAUUUUACAAUAGAAAGAUAGAAAAUGCCACAAGAGGGGAAUCUUUCAAACAGGCUGACCUCAUAAAACACAGAUAAAACAUUACAUUCAAAGCUACCUCAUCUAUAAACAUGACACUUGAAAAGAAUACAUAUAGCUUCCUGUUCCCAUAGACAUUCGAAUGUUGAUAUAAGUUAUCAAUUUCAGUAAAAUACUUCCUUGAAUUGUUUUAAUGAGCAAUUCUGAGUUAAACACGUCAUGACGGUAUUGAUUUUUAACAGGAAUAGGAAGUAGGAGGAGCCUCGUGGAUGGUGUGUAUAAAACCUGACACUGAUACAGAGCAGAACAUAACUUGCUACAACCCUCAAGCAAUACAUCUUGAAUUGAGUCUAAACAGUAUAAAGAUUACAGAAUACAGUACAGGAAAGAUGACUACUGCAUACUUAACUAUGAUACCACUAAGAAGGGAAGAGUCGUGGAUGCUGAAAAUGGAGACAUCAGCAUUUGGAGAUGCACCAAAGCCAAACUUUAAAUAUAUAUAUGAAACAAUAGCAAAGAUUGCAGACAUCAUAUCUGGAAGCUUGACUGACAUCAUGACAAACUAUGUUGAGCAUAGUAUAAUAUCACGCAGACAUGCAGAUUAUAUUCUGAGGCAAUCUACCCCAAAGCCAGAAUAUUUUCCAGAAAUUCCAGACUCUCUAGAUACCAAUGCGGCAUCAGUCGUAGUGAGCAUAUACGACAGUCUUCAAUUCAUAUCUCUAUUCGUGGAUUUAAUAAACCAUGGACUGGAGGAAGAGAGUGCCUCAGUACAAAAAUAUGCCUCAGUGAAAAACAAUAGAAUAAUCCAACUUAAAAGUGAACUACACUACACAAUAUUCGAACACAAUGCAAUUCAUCCUAAGAAAAUUGACUUAACCAUAGAUGAUCUGCUAGAAUUGAACAAAUUCAUAAGUGAAAACCGCUACCAGAGUUAUUUCAUGAUUCUAAAAGAAGUGAAAACAUACAUGGAAUUCAUAGAGAAGCAGUUCCAACAUUUGGCGAAAACUGUCUAAUAGAACAAAUAUAUAGGAGAACUGAGUCAAACAAGAAUUUAUGUUAGACCAGCACAGUGAGAACCAGAGAUCCCCUCAAGGGGUAUAAGUGACUCCUUUUUCACAAACUGGUAAUCAUUAUGGCAUUCGGGUUUUUAAACCCCCUCUUAUCAGCUGCUUGCAAAUGUCAAGACAAAGUAUGAUAUAGAUAUCAUGGUGCAGAAAUUGUAUUGAAGUAUUAAAUUAAGCAUUAUGACUUUUCAAAAUGUAUUAUAUGUAUUCUACUAUUUUAGCAUUAAGCAUUAUAACUU